GCUACCGCACAGCCUCUUGCUGCAUAUACCUAGACGAAGCUGCCGCCUGUGGAUCGCUCUCUCCUCCAGGAUACAAACAAAAGAAAACCCAUCUGACUUAAAACCUCUAGCUCUUUUUCACACAAACAUAUUUGCAGAAUCGUUCUCUUCUAACCCCACACACACACCUCCUCUUCCUCUCACAGUCAGUCUGUCUCCUGCUUAUACGCAAACACACUCCUUCUUCUUCUUCCCGCAGACAGAGGAGCAGUAAAGGGAUUGGCGUGGUUGUUGGUGUUUGGCUCCUGGUCUUUGGCUCGGAGGGAGCAGAGCGGCAGAUGGCGAUGUGAAGAAGGACUCAGCCAGAUUUGACUCUGCCUUACAAUGGCUAACAACGGCUGGUUGCCCCAGGAUACAGGAUUUUACUUGAUCAUGUGAUCUGACUCCCUCCCCAAUUCCCUUCCAUCCUUCAUAGGGAAAUCAUGACCCGCAGACUGAGCAGCUCGACCCGUUCCCACACCGAGGACUCCAUCUUCCUGAGGCCUGACGAGGACCCUGUCUGGCUCGAUGAACCCACAAAGACAGAAAAAAGCAGCGACAGAAAUCUUAAGAAAGACUUGCUUCCAAACUGCAAAGAUGGAUUUGCAGGAAGACAAAGCCCACAGGGGGAAGAAGUUUUCCUGCACAAGGUUUACGCGCUAGUGAUUGAGAUCCACUGCUGGGCUGCACUGUUUGUCGUCUCCCAAGUCACGGGGUACUGGGUGUUUUUUGUGGUUGAAGGAAAUGGACCUCUCUCUUCCAUCUACAAAGCCCUGCAGGCCAUGGAUUUCUACCUGAGCUUCGUCUUGCCCUGUCACCCCAUUUUUGGAAUGGACUCCAUGGUGUUGAUGAGGGAGGUGGUAGACACAACACAACACAGCUGGAUCGUUCAUGGGACUGCAGGCAUUGGUGUGGCCAUCUGUGUUACCAUGGUCAUCCACAUGGUGUGUAAGUGGCGGUAUGGUGCUGGCUUGUGGUCGUCAGGAACAGUGAUUCGGGACGUUGGUGAUCGACGUCAGUCUGUGAGCCGGCAGCCUUCCUUUACGCUGUCAGAGUGGACGGACGCUCAAGAGGACCUACUGGACAUGGAACCCAUGCCCCAGACUCCCGUCUUUGACUUGGGCACAGAAACCAGGACAGAGGGAGAUGCAGCCACACUCCUUGUCACACCUGUGGGCCUUCAGGAGAGGAGAGGCUCCAAUGUCUCCCUGACCUUGGACAUGUGCACACCAGGUUGCACUGAGCCCUACGGCUACGGAGCCCAGCUGUCCCCCCGAGACCAGACAGCCAAGGAGUACCUCCGACAGGGAACACACACUCUGACCCCGGCCAUGCUACACAUACGGGCCAUGGAAGACCAGAGCCUAGAGGCUGAGUUUUAUGAAACUCCCAUGAACUUUGUGGACCCUAAGGAGUACAACUACCCUGGGCUGGUGAGAAAGAACCGCUACAAAACCAUCUUACCCAACACACACAGCAGAGUGAUCUUACACUCACUGGAUGAAGAGGAUUUCCUCAUUACCUACAUCAAUGCUAAUUAUCUCAAGGGUUAUGGGGGGGAGGAGCAGGCUUACAUCGCCACCCAGGGUCCCACGGUGAACACUGUGGGGGACUUCUGGAGGAUGGUGUGGCAGGAGAGGACCCCGAUCAUAGUGAUGAUCACCAACCUGGAGGAGAAAAACGAGAAAUGUGCGGAGUACUGGCCUGAGGACACUGUGACCCAUGAGGGCAUCGAGAUCACUGUCGUCACGGUAACCCAAGAAGAUGACUACAGCCUGAGGGUGUUUACUCUGAAGUGUGAGGGAGAGGAGCGCAGUCUACAGCAGUACUGGUACACCUCGUGGCCGGAUCAGAAGACUCCCGACAAAGCGCCGCCUCUCCUGGAGCUCGUGCAAGAAGUGGAGAGGGCCCGAGAGGAAGCCCCGCCCUCCAGUGGGCCAACAAUUGUUCAUUGCAGUGCUGGAAUUGGUAGAACUGGCUGCUUCAUCGCCACCUCCAUCCUGUGCAAGCAGCUGAGGACUGAGGGUGUGGUCGACAUCCUGAAAACCACCUGCCAGCUCCGUCUGGACAGGGGCGGGAUGAUCCAGACAAGCGAGCAGUACCAGUUUGUGCAUCACGUCCUCAGCCUGUAUGAGAAGCAGCUGUCACACACUGCUGAGGAGUAGAGUGGGCGUGACAGCCAAACCCAGACCGAGACACACCACUGUACACUGUACCGCCUCUGGUGGUACACACCACUGUACCUAGCAUCAUCUCAAUCUCACCCUUUAACAUGUUCAAAUCAUGUUGAUCUCCUCACCCAAGACAGGCUAGAACAGACAAUAUCUGUGCUUUUUGUUUAAUCUUUGAGCAUAAUACAUUUUGAAGGGGAGGGGGGGUGAUCAAACACAUGCAUGUGUUUUUGAUCCAAAGUCAAUCAGGCCCAAAUUCAUCCAACCACACUCAUAACUUGCACUGCUGAGGUUUUUAUUUAGAUACUGUACCUGAGUCGAGGCCUCAUUUAGUGCUCAUCCUGAAAUAUCCCCUCUUAUACUUUAUGUACAGUUAUCCAAAUACCCAGAGCUAAAGUCAAAUCUGAUCCCCUGCAGCGGUGUCAGAUUUCUUUACAGAGGAAGCUCAAGAUUAGCUGACCAAAGUUAGGAUUAAAAGUAAGGGCCCUUUAUUACUGUAUAAGUGCCAGCAUCAUUUCAAUCUAUAUAAACAAUCAAAUGCCAGCCUAAUAUUUAAUAUUUCACUGAUGUUAGAUUAGCUAACAUCUUUUUCAUUGAUUCUUAUUGACUUUUAAAUGUAAAAAGACAUCAUCACAGAUGGCCUGUUUCUACUUGUGAUGCAUUCAGGAGCCACCUCAUCUUCAGGUUGCAUGGUGCUAUGUGUUCAUUAAAGGCAUGUGCAAUUUUAUGGAACAUAGGAAUGUAUUAAAGUUAGGUUAUUAAUGAACUAAUUAGGAAUUCUGUGCAAUUUACAGUAUUACAGUUUUACCAUGCUGCCUGUGCAGUCAUCAUGGCCCCAUGAUGUUUACAGUCAACAACUCAACUGCAUCAAGGCCUCAUAGACAGACAUUCAGAGGCGUCACAGAGCCGCAGACACUGAGGGGACAGAGGACAGAAAUAGCAUUGAACUAUCAAUAACAAAAUCAAUAAAAAACCAGAGUCAAAGAUAUGGAGAAUCUGACAUACACACAGGGAAGUAGAAUGCACAGGACAGCAAAAUGUUUGCAUGAAGUAAUGCACCAUGACCGUCGUGCACACAACUAAUAAUCAUGCUAAUUUGAAAAAGUUUGUCGACCUUAGCGUUACCUGCUCUGUGACACCUCUGCUUUCAACAGUAGCUUGAACACAUCCGUGAUGUAAGAAGCCCAUGAUUGUUGUAUAGACACGACAGGCCUAAUCUGUAUGAAGCACAAACAGACACACUAAGGUUGUCUGUGAUGUAACAGUUCUCUUUCUUUCCAUAUUGUGUUUUUUGAUUGUGUUGAGUUUAAUGGAUUGCAUGUGCUGUAUGGGACUCCAUAGGUCUACAAUCAAAGCGACGUGAUCGGUUGUCCUGCUUUUUGUUGUGGAAAAGGUUUAAGCAUAUAUAUAUAUCCAUAUAUAGAUAUAUAUAAUUAUGUAUUUAUAUAUUUAUGUAUAGAUAUAUAGAUAUAUAUAGACAUAUAUACAUAUAUAUAUAGCUUGCUCUCGGCCAAUGCUUUUGAUACAGUUUGCUUUUGUGAAACCAACCAGAACCAGAGAUAUUUUUAGAACAUUUUGAUACAAUCCUUUGGAGUAGAUGCCUUGUGUAUAUUUCUGUUUACACCAUGAUGGAAUGUAGCUCAUACUGUGGAUCAAACCAUCGUUUUUUAUCGCAAGAUUUGACAGAACAAAAAUGUGACAACUACCUGAGUUACCUUACACAACAGACAAUAAAUAGAUUAUGUUCGGUCUUCAGUAUCAUUACUUUACGCCGGUAGGCUUUGCUUUAAUAUGCUUUGCUUUCUGUGUAUGUUUUUAUCGUUUGUAUUGGAGAUUUUUACCUCAGACUGACUUUUUCACAGUCCCCUCUUGAUUCCAUCUGUGACUCUUUAGGCCACUCUCAGUUGACAACAUGAGAUAUUAUUGCUACGUGUAAAGGCAGCUAAAACAGUGAAGACAGUUUUGUAUGUAACAAAAUGACGCUCAAAAAACUUCUAUCUUAACUUAAUGCAUCAGAUCAACAGUCAUGGACAAUAUCAGAGGAGGGAAAUAACCUGUGUGGGCUCGGACCAAUUCAUGAACAUCAAAUCAUUUAGCAAAUUGAACUGCCACAAUUACCUUUUAGAGGAGUAGGGGGAAAAAGAUUGAUAAGAACAAUGAUUUGCCAAACUUUUUCAUCCUCUGAUAAUGUCCAAUGUAGUUGACUGACAAGAAUUUUUACUGGUUGCUCGUUCAAUGCUUACCUGGUCAUCUUCUGAUGAACAAACUGGUGACGAUGACAUAGCCAAACAGUCCGACAUACAAGUUACAACCAACCAGCAUCAGUAUUCCUCUCCUCUGCUACAGUACCGCUUUAAGUUGUGAGUUUUGCAUCCAAAAUAAAGUUAGAUUUUCAUGAA